UGUAGAUGCUAAAGACAGGUGCGCCUAAUUCUUGUAGCAACUAUGAGAUAGAGUCUUUAGCCAUGAAGGGGGCUUGAGCAUGACAUCAUCUUGGGAUAAAUACUAAUACCCUUCUGUCUUUAAUGAAGGAUUAUAUUGAUUUAGGGGCUGGAAUGAAGUGUAAAAGACACAGAUACUAAUUUUAAUGGGAGAUCAGCUAGUGUUAACCAACUUUGAACUUGUUGGUAAAUGAAUAUUCCCACAAGUAAUAGUGUAUGGCAAAAGAAAUUGAGAGUAACAAUGUGGUGACAGUGAAAUGUGUUAAUUGUUAUUCCAUUAUGGAAUGUUCAGGUUGCAGUGCUGGUGUAAUGGAACUACUUAGAGUUAGCUGCUAUCAAACCAAUCACUAACAGAUACAUCUGUUUCAAAUGUCUUCAUUUUGUGACACUUCUCUAGUUCCUUUGAAGUUUUGGAUUUAUAAAGAGUGAGGCCUAGGUAUAAUUCCUUCAGUACAACUCUUCCUUUAGUGGAUGAAUAUGUACAAAUCAUUGUUAUACACACUUGGUUCUUGAUAGCUGAGAUAGCCCCUUUAGAAACCUCUCUUUGGCCCCCGGAAAAAUAUGGUUGCAGCAUCUAUUUCCUAGAGCCUCGUUGCUAUUAGCAAAGCCUUCUUCUCGGGUUUUCAUGUUCUGGUAAAAUACAAGGGCAUGGCAGCAGUCACCUAGGUGAGCCAACAGGUGGUGCAGGAGGUGAUACCUGGAGUGGCCUCCUGUUAUCAGCGGUGGUAGUUCUUUCCAUUUGAAGGCUGUGCAUCUCAGAUGUACACACGGGGAAAGAGAAAAUGGGGACUCUGAAAGUCUUAGCAGACAUGACCUACUCCCCACAGAAUGGAGACAACACUCAGACAUGUUCUAGAAAAUUUGCCAUUACCUAAGCCAGAGGUUUCCAGACUUUUUCAGAGUGUGGGCCAUGUUUUAAUAUAGAGUAGCCUUGUGCAUACCUCUCUUCCCAUUCAUAGCAAACAUCUGUCCUACUGGUGCCAGAAGCUGAGACUGGGCGACGGGAUGGAUCACUUGAUGAUUACCUGUUCUAUUCAUUCUCUCUGGGGCACCUGGCAUUGGCCACUGUCGGAAGACAGGAUACUGGGCUAGAUGGACCUUUGGUCUGACCCAGUAUGGCCGUUCUUAUGAUCAUAUUACAGCCUGGUGGCAGCUAAAGUUAUUGGUUACAUGGAAAUUAUUAGGUGUAACGGGGGCUCACCUCUUAAAGACUGGAGGGCCUAAGGCCUGGUCUACACUACGGGUUUAGGUCGACUUUAGCAGCGUUAAAUCGAAUUAAGCCUAGACACGUUCACAUGACGAAGCCCUUUCUUUCGACUUAAAGGGCCCUUUAAACCGGUUUCUUUACACCACCUUCGACGAGGGGAUUAGCGAUACAAUCGGCCUUUGCGGGUCGGAAUUGGGGUAGUGUGGACGGAAUUCGAUGUUAUUGGCCUCCAGGAGCUAUCCCACAGUGCUUCAUUGUGACCGCUCUGGACAGCACUCUCAACUCAGAUGCACUGAUCAGGUGGACAGGAAAAGACCCGCGAACGUUUGAAUUUCAUUUCCUGUUUGCUCAGUGUGGAGAGCACAGGUGACCACGCAGAGCUCAUCAGCACAGGUAACCAUGAUGGAGUCCCAGGAUCGCAAAAGAGCUCCAGCAUGGACCGAACGGGAGGUAAGGGAUCUGCUCACCAUAUGGGGAGAUGAAUCAGUGCUAGCUGAACUCCGUAGCAGUAAAAGAAAUGGCAAAGUAUUAGAAAAGGUCUCCAAGGCCAUGAAGGACCGAGGACAUACCAGGGACACACAGCAGUGCCGCGUGAAAAUUAAGGAGCUACGGCAAGCCUACCACAAAGCCAGAGAAGCAAAUGGAAGGUCCAGGGCAGAGCCGCAAACUUGCCGCUUCUACGCGGAGCUGCGUGCCAUUCUAGGGGGUGCAGCCACCACUACCCCAACCGUGUGCUAUGACUCCGUCAAUGGAGAAACACACAGGGAAGAGGGUUCGGGGAACGAGGAAGAUGAGGAUGGAGGUAAUGUAGGUGGCUCACAGCAGCAAGGAAGCGGAGAAACCGGUUUCCCCAACAGCCAGGAUAUGUUUGUCACCCUGGACCUGGAAACAGUAACCCCCGAACUCACCCAAGACCCUGAGGGCACACAGGAGACCUCUGCUGCAAAUGUUUCUCCUUCGCAGAGGCUAGUGAACAUUAGAAAGAGAAAACGGAGGACGCGGGACGAUAUGUUCACGGAGCUCCAGAUGUCCUCCCACGCUGAUAGAGCACAGCAGAAUGCGAGGAGGCAGUCAAUGUCAGACAUGAGAAAAGCACAAUAUGAACGAGAGGAGAGGUGGCGGGCUGAAUGGCGGGAUGAAAAGAGCAAGUGGCGGGCUGAAGAUGAUAGGUGGCGUCAGCUUGCAGACAGAAGGCAAGAGUCAAUGCUCCGUCUGCUGGAGCAUCAAACUGAUAUGCUCCAGCGUAUGGUUGAGCUUCAGGAAAGGCAGCAGGAGCAGAGACCGCCGCUACAGCCUGUGUAACCAACAGCCCUCCUCCCCAAGUUCCAUAGCCUCCUCACCCAGAUGCCCAAGAACACGGUGGGGGGCCUCCGGCCACCCAGUCACUCCACCCCAGAUGAUUGCCCAAGCAUCAGAAGGCUGGCCUUCAAUAAGAGUUAAAGUUUUAAAAUGCAGUGUGUCCUUUUCCAUCCCUCCUCCCCCACCCAUCCCGUGCUACCUUGGCAAUUAUCCCCCUAGUUGUGUGAUGAAUUAAUAAAGAAUGCAU